CGGCAAAGGAAGAAAAUCUAAAACGCGUCGUCUCAUUUCGAGCUGCUCGCUCGACUGUCCGAAUAGUCUCAGUCAGACUCGACGCAGGCAGGCAGAUGGACGACGAGGCCAAGGCGACGCAGGUGGCUGAGUUUGCCGCCUGCGAUCGACAGACUGCCCAUCGGCUCCUCGCGCAACACCACGGCGAUGUCGAGGCGGCCAUCAAUGCCGUCCUCAUGGGCGGCGCAGAGCUCGUCGGCGACGGCGGCAUGAGCAACAGCAACACGCUGGACGCUGGCUCGCAGAGCAUCGCGCCCUACCAGGGCGACUUAUCGCAGCCGCAGCCGCAGCCAGCACCGGGUGUCUCGCAACAAGCACAGACACAUUCUCAAGAGCAGGCGCAGGCGCAGGGCCCUGUCGCGGGGCCGAGGCCAGAGGGGCAGUUCGGCCCCAUGGCCUCCUUUGACGAGGCGUGGGCCCAGCAGCAGAACUGGAAUAGCGGCGCACCGCCCAGCGUGCCCGAGCGCACGUCCAAGAAGCGGAGCACCCCCGUCGACCUGACGGGCGACGACGAGGACGAGGACAUGAAGCGGGCCCUCCAGGCGUCCAUCGAGAGCGAGACGGACCGCCAGAAGCGCCACCAGACCUACCCGGGCUUCGAUGGCGCAGGCACAGGCGCCGCCGGCAUGGGCGCAUCCCACGGGCCUCAUCCCUUGAGAACGGCAAAUGACGAGGAUGAGGCCCUCACCCGCGCCAUUGCUGCGAGCAUGGAGCAGUCGACGUCGGCGCUGGGCCACGACGGCCAGGCCGCUGGUGGCAUCGACAUCGAGUCGCUGGAGCCGUCGAGAAUACGGAAGCGCGACGAGCUCGCCGCCGUGACGCCGCCGACACGGGUGCUGCGCCAUUUUGCACUCAUGCUCCAGGCCCUCUUUGCCUCGUCGCACUUUUGCCAGGCGCUCCUGGCCCUCGAUGCACAAGAGGUGCGCCUGCUCGAGCCAGAUGCGCAGCCCGAGCCCAUGGCCGACUUCUGGCGCGGCGCCAGCCCCAACGACCGCAGGGCCGUCACCCACGACAUGUGGGCCAGCCUGGGCCUGGGCGAGGCCAGCGACGACGUGCGCCAGUCGUACGAGGUCGUCAUGCGGCUCACCACCCUGCUCCGCUUCCUCCUCUGGAGCAACCGGCCGCUGUGCGUGGCAGACGACAUGCUCUCCUAUGUCCAGGGCGCUGGCUUUGCCUAUGUCAUGAACAGCGAGAACAGGCCGGCAGACCAGAUUGCCUCGUGCUACAUCUCCAACCUCGUCGAGCAGAUCAAGGGCCUCGCGGGGUGGAACAAGGACGCGGACGCCAAGGCACCCACCGACGAGCAUCUCAGGGGCUGCCUCUUUUCCACGACCGCCAUCGCCGUCCAGCCGCGCGGGACAGAGUCGCCAAAGAGCAAGCGCACAGCCAGCAACUUUUACGACAAUGCCAUCCUGCACAUGGUCCACGACCGCGUGAGCACCACCGUGACAAAGGGCCUCUAUGCGACUCUGAGCGAGGAAAAGGCCCUCUUUGACCGCGUCGCCGACACCCUCGUCUUCCACGUCGACCAUGCCGACCAGCUGUCGGCGGUGGGCGACGCCGACGCAUACAUUCCCUUUACGGUCGAGGAGCGCAUCUACAUGGACCCGUUCAUGUACGAGAAGCGCAACGGAGCCCGCCUCGGCGUCGACUCGGACGAGGUCAAGGCGCGGACAAAGCGCAUCGAGGCGCUGAAAAAGUACCACAAGAAGCUUUCUUGGCACGACGGCCGCGACUCGAGGGGCGCCCUCCGCGAGUCGAUUCGCUACUUUGAGGAGCUCGCCAUCGUUGACCGCCUGCCCUCGGAUGCUGUUGGAAGUGGCGGCAACGGCGAUGGAGACGCUGGCGACGAUGACGAGCUGAGGAGGCAGCAGGUCAAAGAGGCCGGGCCGAUGCUGCGGAGAAUCGAGGCGGCGCUGCAUGCCGAGCUCAAGCAGACGGACGAGGCGAUCCGCGCGGAAGAGACGGCCAUCGAGACGGAGCGAGCGCGGACGACGCAGCAGUUUGAGGAGCAGUGUGCGCGCGUCGAGAAUCGCACGAUGGCCUAUCGGCUCUGCGGCAUGCUGGUCCAGCACGCUGGCACGACUGAAGCCUGGGGCUACUUUCUCCAUGCGGGCCGCUGGUGGACCGUGUGUGAUGGGCGCGCGACGCGGUUGCCGCUUGAUGGCGACGAGAGAGAAGGUCAGGGAGAGGACGGUGGCGCAGCUAUCGUCGAGGCGCACCGCAGGGACAAGGGCGGCGAGGUCUACAUGCUCGUGUACGAGAGCGAGAGCGCCAAAACGGGCGGCGUCGACUGCAAGGCCAAGGACAAGCGGCCCGUCCAAGGGACAGAAAAGGAGGAGGACAACAAGGAAGAGAAAGAUGAAGGGUUAGCAAAGGAGCCUGGGAUCGGUAGCUCGAGCGAAGAGGAAGACGUGGUGGAUGUGGCGACGAGGAUGGAGAGGGAGCGGGAGGGGGGGCCGUCACGCCUCUUCAGCCUCAUCGAGGCCGACAACGAGGGCCGAGCUGCAACGGCGCAAGCUGCCGCAGGCGAUGUCGGGCAAGCAAGAGCCGACACGCUGCCUGGUGAGCUAGAAGCGGGAGCAGACGAACCAGGGAAUUCUCUGCGAUCGACAACGAUGUAGUCGAGAUAGUAUUUAAUAUUAAGCCCGUCUUGGUGCACGCAUGGUCAUGCUCUGCUCGG